UUUUGUGACAUCCGCUGGCGGUUAAGGAACCGAUGAUUUCCACAGAGAAAGAUGAGAUGAGGAAAUGGUCAAGAAGCACGAGAUCCCAGGGGACGACGAUAGGGCUGGUGCCCACCAUGGGUUACCUUCACCAAGGCCACUUAUCGCUCGUUGAAGAAGCCCACAAGUAUGCCGAGGUCACUGUCGUCUCCGUAUAUGUGAACCCAGGUCAGUUCUCUCCCUCCGAGGACCUUUCCACUUACCCAUCUGAUUUUCACGGUGAUAUACUCAAGCUCAAGUCUGUUCCUGGGGGUGUUGAUGCUGUUUUUGCUCCCAAGAAUCUUUAUGGUUAUAGGGAAAAUAAGAAGAGUGAGAUUGAUGUUGAUGUGGAAAAUAAGAAUUCUUGCAAGAAAGGGGUGGUUUCAUGUCUGGAGGAGAGGGGACUUGGGCACGAAACAUGGGUUAGAGUUAAGAGAUUGGAGAAAGGAAUGUGUGGGAAAAGUAGGCCGGUGUUCUUUAGAGGGUUUGCCACUAUUGUCACCAAGUUGUUUAACAUUGUGGAGCCUGAUGUUGCUGUAUUUGGGAAGAAGGAUUGUCAACAAUGGCGGAUUAUUCAACGAAUGGUGAGACAUUUUACUGUUCCUAAUCCUUUGUUUUUGGCAAGAAUGAUGCGAAUGAUGGUUAGAGAUCUAGAUUUUGACAUAGAAAUUGUGGGGUCUGAUAUUGUGCGCGAUAGCGAUGGCCUUGCAUUGAAGGAUCGGAGGAGCCCAAAUCUAGGUUCCGCCGGAAACCCAGAAACUAGGUUCUUCGGGGAACCCAGCAACUGGGUUCCUCACGGAACCCAAUAUGAUGAAGACUCGAAGUUGAAGAGGAUGGUGGAUGCCGAGGAUGAGAAUGAAGAGGAGGAUAAGGCUGAGGAUAAGGCUGAGGAGAAAGAAGAAGGGAAGAAGUUACAGUUAAUUUCGUUUAAAUUGUUUUUAUUCAUGGAUUAAAAAGUUUAGGAGAAAAAAAUAUUUAAUUCCGUU